UUCCAGCGGGGCCACGCCUCCUCUCACUCACUCACACACACACACACACACGCACGCACGCGCACAGUUCCGUGUUGCAGAGCCCUUAAAGUCCCGCAGCCUUUUCCUCCCACCCUCCACUCUCUCUCGCUCUCUCUCGCCAUGUCCGACCAAGGAGCCUUCGACACCAACGUGGUCACCAUGACCCGGUUCGUCAUGGAGGAGGGCCGGAAGGCGAGGGGCACCGGGGAGCUCACGACGCUGCUCAACUCGCUGUGCACGGCGGUGAAGGCCAUCUCCAGCGCCGUGCGCAAAGCCGGGAUCGCGCACCUUUACGGCAUCGCCGGCAGCACCAACGUGACGGGCGACCAGGUGAAGAAGCUGGACAUCCUGUCCAACGACCUGAUCAUCAACAUGAUCAAGUCGUCGUUCACCUCCUGCGUUCUGGUGUCCGAGGAGAACGAGAAGGCCAUCGUCAUCGAGCCGGAAACCAGGGGCAAAUACAUCGUGUGCUUUGACCCCCUGGACGGCUCCUCCAACAUCGACUGUCUCGUCUCCAUCGGAACCAUCUUCGCCAUCUACAAGAAGGACACGGACGACGAGCCGUGCGAGCAGGACGCCCUGAAGCCCGGCCGCUCCCUCGUGGCGGCCGGCUACGCCCUCUACGGCAGCGCCACCAUGAUGGUGAUCUCCACCGGUCAGGGAGUCAACGGCUUCAUGCUCGACCCGGCGAUCGGCGAGUUCAUCCUGGUGGAUCGGGACGUGAGGAUCAAGAAGCGGGGCAAGAUCUACAGCUUGAACGAAGGUUACGCCAUGCACUUUGACCCCGCCGUCACGGAGUACCUGCAGAAGAAGAAGUUCCCUCAGGACGGCACGGAGCCGUACGCCGCCCGCUACAUCGGCUCCAUGGUGGCAGACGUCCACCGAACGCUGAUGUACGGGGGCAUCUUUUUAUACCCGGGAAAUGUGAAGAGCCCCCAAGGAAAGCUGCGGCUGCUGUACGAAGGCAACCCCAUGGCCUUCAUCAUGGAGCAGGCGGGCGGCAUGGCCUCCACCGGCCUGGAGCCCCUUCUGGACAUCCGGCCCGACAGCAUCCACCAGCGGGCUCCCGUGGCCAUGGGCUCCACCGAGGACGUCCUGGAGUACGUCGCCAUCUGCCAGAAACACGCCGGGAAGUGAGGGGAAUACCCGGGGAAAGCUAGAUGGAGAUGGAUCCUGAUCGGAGUUUAUGGGGGUGAGGGUUUUUUUUUUUGUUGUUUUUUUUUAAAUGCCAGACCAGCAAUGUUCAUGUUCUGCCGACGGAUAAAAAAAAAAAAAGAAAGGAGGUGGAAAGAAGGAGGCUCGCAUGCACAAUCGCACACACAGAAACGACCAAAGGAACCAAAAUGUGCCAAAAAAAGACAACUAAGAAAUGCAAUUUUCUUCCUGUUUACAUCCAUUUGUGCCUUUUUAAAAAAAAAAAAAAAAAUAUAUAUAUAUAUAUAUAUAUAUA